AUGAGCGCUCCUGUCGUCGGUUGCCUCACGCGCUCCGCUGGAGCGAUUCUGGGCCGACAAGCCUUGACAUCAGAUGUCUGCGCAUGCACAUCACUCGCAUCUCAUAGGUGGAGGUCAAAGGCCUUCUCGACAUCAUACAGCGGAGCCAUUCCCUCGGAUGAUAUACAAAGUGUGGACAUAGCCAUUGUCGGUGCAGGAGUGGUGGGACUAGCCCUAGCUUCCUCUCUGAGUGAGUUCUUCUGCUUCUCCCAUCACCUCGCUACUCUAACUGACAAAAACCCGCCUUGGAAAGCGCAGCGAGAAAGGGUGUCUUGCAUCCCAAGACUCGAUUAGCUCUCAUCGAUCCCAGACCCUUGGAAGCCAUUCAGCAAUGGUCGCCUGGAAAUGGCUCUGCAUACGCAGAUGGAGUAGCGUGGAGUAAUCGGGUCAUCAGUCUGAACGAAGAAAAUCGGUCUUGGUUGGAAGGUGAGCGGCGACGUUUGUACGGAUCUGUUCUCACAGCUCAUCAUCAAGUAUUUCGAAACAUGCAGCUCUAGGAGCACUGCCUGAUCAUCUGGACCCGAGGCGCAUGAAUCCGAUUCGUAACAUGCGCAUCACGGAUGGUUUGACUGGGUCGUUGAUGAGGGUUGACGCACCUCCGUCUGAACACGGAACGGAAGCCCGGCUAGCCAGCAUGGUGGAGAUUGAUGCAUUGUGCAAAGCGCUAUCGCAUACCCUAAAUACCCUGGAUCGAGCAUCAUUGCAGUAUCAUGCGUCGACUGUGCGAUCAAUUCAAGCCUCCGCCACUCCAGAGGUGGAAGAACCACAAGAUGCGUGGCCCACCAUCAAUCUCUCUUCUGGCGAAUCGGUUCGUGCUAGAUUACUUGUAGGCGCUGACGGCGGCAAUUCGCCGGUGCGAAAGUACUCGAGGAUAGAAUCUAGCGCUUCGAAGGACUACGGAAAGAAGGGAGUCGUAGGCACAUUGAGGAUUGAUCCGGCGCACGCUGUUGGAAGUGAAGGCGUUGCGCGGCAGAGAUUCUUGCCGACGGGUCCCAUCGCUUGGCUGCCUGUGAGUUGCCAUCUCGUCGAGCUGUGGUGAUCGCGCAACACCCUAACCUACCUUCUUGCGCUCGUCAACAGGUGUCCGAAACGGCAGCUUCGAUGGUAUGGACGUUGCCUGCUGAGCUUGCAAAUGCCAUCAUCGCGAUGCAUCGUUCGUCCAACGGCAACACCCUUCUUGCUCAACUCGUCACAGCAGCCCAUCGUCUACCCUGGCCUGUUCUACGAAGUAUUCUGCAAGCCAUUCAUAACCACCAAAACGUCCCCACUCCUCGAGACGCAAGCCGAGACUGGAGCUGGCUCUCACCUCUGAUCCUUUCAGAGCUGAACCAGCCUGGCGUGCCGGACCCAAUCGCCGGCCACGAAGUCCCUCCUGCCGUGCAAGAAGUGGAUGCGUCUUCCGUGGCAGCGUUUCCGCUGCGAAUGAACCACGCUCAAGGAUACUCUGCCUACGGGCAAGGGGUGGACAGCGCAAGGUACAGUUUCAACAUCAACGAUUCUUGGUCAGAGAUUCUGACCAAAGGUAUUUUGCAAGCGCAAUCCCUCGCUGGAUUGCGGAAGCCUAGCUCUCUCGCCGAUUCCUCAUUAUCCGAAAGACCAUCGCAGCCAGGAGCACAAUUUAGCGCCUUGUCGCGCGAUCGAGCCAUCAGCAAAGCUCGAGGUCGCGUAGUGCUUGUGGGCGAUGCGGCACACACCACCCAUCCUUUGGCAGGCCAAGGACUCAAUCUGGGAAUCGCCGACGCUCGAAGUUUGUCCAAUCAUCUGGGCCAGGCAGCUCGUGAUGGUUCGGACUUGGGCGUGGCUGCUUACGCGUUGGCAGCUUACGAGUCGGAAAGAUGGGGAGCAAACGAGACGAUGCUCAAGACUUGCGACUCGCUAGACUGGGUCUACAGCUUCGAUAAUACCAUUGGUCCGACCGCCACGCUGCAAGACCAAGAGACGCUGGACGACACGUUUGAAGGACCCGAGGAUCCUAGGGCAAAGGUGCUAGCAGAGGCUUUUGUAUGGGCGAGGAGCACCGGUUUGGAAGUUGUGAAUGAGUUGGGACCCGUCAAGGAGGGCCUUGCUAGAUUGGCCGGCAGUGCAUACUCUCGGCCAAAGUCAAAUACAGGCAGUGGGUGA